AUGUCUCAGACUGUUGUGCUUAAGGUUGGUAUGUCAUGCCAAGGUUGUGUUGGGGCAGUGAAGAGGGUUUUGGGGAAAAUGGAAGGCGUGGAAUCAUAUGACAUUGAUUUGCAAGAGCAGAAGGUUACAGUAAAGGGAAAUGUGCAGCCAGAGGCAGUUCUUCAGACUGUUUCGAAGACAGGGAAGAAGACUGAAUUCUGGGAAGCAGAAGCACCCGCUGCCCCCGAAACAAAGCCUGCAGAAACUGUGAGUGAGCCUGCAGAAACUGUGGCUGUUGCUUGA